AUGCCCAUUUCGCGACGGAAAUCAUGCUUCGAGUGUCGUGCCGCCAAGGCUCGUUGUAGCCGGGACCCAAACUGCUUCCGGUGUGUGGAACGCGGACUGAACUGCGACUAUAUGUUACCGCGGCCCACUCCAUAUUCCCGGCCGGCGGAUGAUACCCCCCCUCAAACCGGCUACAUACGGCCGGGGAAUGUGGAUCAAGCGACCGUUUCCAAUGAAGUACCUCUGCCGGCGGGCAAUCCCACAAGUUCCUUUGACGUCGACCCCGAGCUCCCUCUAGAGCAAUGGCCCAGCAGUGGGUGGCUGAGGGAUAGUCCACUUGGCUCAGAACUUGGUGAUUUGUGGCAGGAAGCCCCGACUCCCUUGAUGCCAAUGGGAGACUCAUCUCAGAGAAUCACUUCACAAUUACUCGAAAUGAUAAAUGAGGACCAGCCUGAUUCUCGAUUUGCGUGCUUUAAAGACUUGGACCAGCAGCAGCCGAGUCCUUUUGCGCAAAUGGUCAAUACACAGCUGGAUGAGUCUAGCUUUGGCCGCAAUCACGUAUUUUCGAUCCUUGGGAACAAAUGUCGCACAGUAUCCGGCACCCAGUUUGACAUGCUGGCAAAGCCCAAGAGGGCAAUCACCAGCAGCUCAUUCCUAACGACACAGGUACUAUUGAGUCAAGUCAGAGAGUAUCCCAGCAUGCUGCUGAGCGAGCGGUUACCUCCAUUCAUUUAUCCCGACUGCGUCUUGAACGGUCAGCGCACAGACGCAUGCAUUGAAAACGGAAUGCAUGUUUGUCUGCCAAAGCCGUUGGCGAUUUGUGCUACUGUAGUACAAUUGUCAUCCUCGAGGAACCGACAAAAUAGCUCCUUUGUCACAAAGAUUAUCCUAGAAGAGCAGGGACGUCUAAUGGAUGGAGUCGAAUCAUUCGACACCGCGGCUCUCUUGGCAGCGACUCAAGCAAGCAUGAUAUAUGUUCUCCUUCAAGCUCAGCGCGCUUCCUCAGCCUCCAGGGAUGAGCUCAAAUUCAUGAUUAGCUGUCUUGUUGAUCUACUCAGUCGCCUGCACGAGUCGAGUAUAUACCAGUCUGAUAUUUACUCAAUCAAACCAUUAAAUGAACGAGAGUGGGCAUUGCUUGAAAGCGUCCGAAGGCUGGCGGGUUUGCUGUUUGUGAUUGAAAUCGUUCUUGGGGUCGUGUUCGGACGAACCGACACGGCAAAUUGUCCAGGCUUUGCCAAUAUUCCCUUGCCUUGCCCAAAGAACCUAUGGGACUAUGAAAGUAAAACAUCAUGGCCUUAUAGAGUCUCAAGGUACACGAAAUCUAGGUCAAGUGGAAGCCAUCCAACCAUAUCCGAUCUUGUCGCUGCCUCAAAUUCGAGCGCAGAUCUGCAGACCAUUCCCCUCGAGAAUCAAACGUUUGGAAAAGUAGUCGAGUGGUGCCAGGCUCUGGACGAUCUCGGAACACUUGUCUGGAUGGCCGUCUUGCUUGACAACUAA